CUAAAGAUUUUUCUCUUUCCCGUCUCCUUAUUUUCUCUCUGUUUCGUUGUUUCUUUGUGAUUUAUUUGUUUUCUUCUUUCUUUCCUGUUGGUCUUAGGUUUGCGAGAAAGUUUUUACAGACAAACUGCGAGAAAAUGUAGGAUUUUUGGUGCAGUGUUUGGUGGGAAAGAAAAAGAAAGAAAAUAUUGAAAUUGUUUUUUCGAUGGAAAACAUGGAACUCAUAAGUGCUCAUCUAUCUCCGUCCCCUGCUCUGCUCUCCUUGGGUUUUAAAUCAUCUCGGUUCCCUGAAUUUACAUGUUUUUCAAUUUCUGGGAAUUUCCUGUUGGGACUAACUUGGUGAUCGAACAAAAAUUUCCAUCUGGAUAUCUUUGAAUAUCUCAAUCCAAACAUCGAUUUCGUGUUUUUUUAUUUUUUAUUUUAUUUUUUUAUCUUUUUGAGUCUUUCAAAUGGCACAAGCUGAGGAAGAUGAAAACAGAGCAAAACAACAGCUUGCUGCUUCCAAGCAAAUGAGCAAGUUUUCGAAGGAUCGAUUGCAGAGAUUAGUUUCAGGGGAACAUUUUGCUGGAAAUUUCGAAGACCCAAACGAAGAUGCAGAAGAAGAAGAGAUUGAGCUAAGUCUUGGUCUGUCAAUGAAUGGUCGAUUUGGGGUAGACCCAAGAAGAGCCAAGAAGCUCGCUCUCAAACGCUCGUCUUCAAUAGCUGACUUCACUACUACUACUACUACUGCGAAGAACCCAAUUAAAGAUGAAGAAGAUGAUACGGCAUGUCUUGCUGUCCCUAAAGCGAGUCCGACACCUCUGGCAAGAACUUGUUCUCUUCCAACGGAGACAGAGCAGGAAUGGCGGAAGAGGAAGGAAAUGCAGACUCUGAGGAGGAUGGAGGCGAAGAGGAAACGACUCGAGAAGCAGAGGAAUUUGAAGGCGGCGAGAGAUCGAAGCCUAGCUUGUUUGGAAGAGAAUGGUGAAGUAGAAGACAACAAGAGAGGCAUUGAUAUCGGGAUGGUUCAGCAGGAACAGUGCCUGAAAGUUACGGAUGAGUUUUCACGGAUGGGGAUGUUCAGUUGGGUUUCUGGAAACAGAGCGAGCUCUGGGCUUGAACUUAAUGGAGACAGAGGCAAUGGUGUUCGUGCAGGUGUCGAUGGGCUUCCACCCCAACCAUUGUCUCAGCGCUCAACUGGGUCUCAGGGUAGUGGGUCAUCGGGGAUUUCGGAAUCUGAGAGCCCAAAGGGUCAAGCAGGAUUGCAUAAAUGCAUGGAAGCUAGAAGCCCUGCUAGUGCUCAACAGAGUGAGCAAAAAUCUACGAUGAUAAACAGAGAGAAAUCUGGUGACUUGAGUGGAGUGGUGAUCGAUAAUCAAAAAUCUGAUAAACCACCAAGUGGUCACAAGGAGGCUAAAGAGGCUUCAAGGAAUGUUUUGGAAGAUAUGCCUUGUGUAUCUACAAAAGGAGAUGGACCAAACGGGAGAAGAAUAGAAGGUUUUCUUUACAGGUAUAGAAAGGGUGAGGAAGUGAGGAUAGUAUGUGUAUGCCAUGGAAGCUUUCUCUCUCCAGCUGAGUUUGUCAAACAUGCUGGUGGUGGUGAUGUUGCUCACCCGCUAAAGCACAUAGUUGUUAACCCUACUUUUUUCUAAUCAUAAUUUUCGUACCAACAUAAUGGGCAAAGGGAUUCAUGUUUUUUACUA